CAAACAUUCUUUCUACAUCAUUUAUCCAUAAUUUUGCCCCAGCCCCAAGAAGUCAAACGUCUAAUCUGACUAAGCCCUUUUUUUUUUUUUUUUUUUUUUUUGGAAACUUGACUAGGCUUGUUUGGAUCAGCCUCUCUCAGCAGGCCCCUCAAUAAUAUAUCUGGCUCUCUGUUCUUCCUUUCUCACAAUCACAACCAAAUCAUUCAGCUCAGAGGGAAAAAAACCGUGAAAAUUAUCACAACAUGUUGAGCCCCUUCAACUGUGCCACUUUUAAUCACCAAGAAGAAGAUGAUGAUGAGCCCAUGAUUUCAACUUCACCUCCAACUCCAAGAAAAUCAUCGAGAUCGAAAAGCGCUGGCCUGAUUUACAGAAGACACAACAAGGACAGCAAAAACCCUUAUUCGGACAGCGGCCUCGACAAGUUUUCUGCACUUGUAGCUGACCUAGAAGAGAAAAGGAAGAAGAUUUAUGCACAAAUGGACCCGAAAGACAUAUCUUUCGUGCGGUUCGUGUUCAAGGACGAGACUGAUACAAGUGCUCCGGUUCCAAUCGUGAUAAAAAAGAAACACAAAAAGGUAGGCAAAACAAAGACAACUGGUAAUCCUGAAGAGAACCGUUCAAACGCUAAUUCAGUAGCCUCGGAAAAUAUUGACCAAUCCCACAUAGACAAGAAAGACGUGAAGCAGAAGCAACCGGGAUCGAAAUCCGAUCAAGAGAGCAAGAAGGGGAGUUUUUCAAGUUCGAACAUGAAGUCGGAUGGGUGGAGAAGGCCAUCUUAUUAUUUGCCGGUCGUUGUGAUCUUUAUUUUGGUGUUGUUGACUUUGUCUGGGCGGCCUUUUGCAAUACUGUGUACGUCUAUAUUCUGGUACGCAAUUCCAACGUUGAAACAGAGUUCGAGUAGUACAAGAAGGCCGGCGGCAUCAAAGAAGAAAGAUUAUAUUAGAAGAUUGAGUGACAAGAAGAUGGUAGCUACUGAGGGAAUUUAGUCUCCGAAAUGUACCAACGCCGUGGCUAUACCGCUGUCUCGACGUCAUGGUCACUAGAAAAGUUUGUGAUGAUCGAUGAUUGAGAGAAAUUAGACACAAUAUCACAAGUGGUGGUAAGUGUUCUUAAUUACUUUAGCUACAAGCGUGUUAGAGGAGUUUCAAAUAUUAUUUUAUGCAUUGGUAAAUGUAAAUGAUGUAUAAUAUGAGUUUAGCGUAGAGAAUUACCAUGUAGGCUUUAGUAUGAAUUGUGAUUGGAAUUCAUUUGUCUGAUGAUGAUCAAGUUCUGUUGCCUAAUAAGAUGUAGAGAAAUGCAUAGUAUUUAAUAAAAGCUUGGCCACUUUCUUAAAAAAAAAGAAAAAAGAAAUUGUUCAUCAAAAAAAUGAAAAAGAAACAAGGACACAAGUAGACUCUCUUCAAUGGCCUCAAAUUUGGGGGUUGCAUGAUCACAGCCCAUAUUGUCCUACAAACUUUUGGAGUUGCAUCAGGCCGUAACUUGUAUGAGCCAUAUUAGUCCAUCUCUCUUGCUUUUUGUUAAUUAAUGUAUGAUCUUUGCUAGGUAAGAUAAAGUAGAGGGAUUGGAUGAAAGCUAAUAGUAAUACCAUCCUUAUCCUGAUUUACAUCCUUAUAGGAUAACUAUAUCUUAAAUAAAUAAAUAAAUUAGGGUGGUUAAUCCACUGGUCCAACCCGUGACCUCGAGUCCUCGACUCAAGACCCACGGCAAGUUACACCAACUUGAAACAAAUAUAGUACUCGAUGUUUACAAGAUUAAUAAAUUGAUAACUAUUCU